AUAUCGAUAGUUUGGUAGAGAGAUUGAGAGAGAGAGAGAGAGAGGAGAGAAAGAAAGAAAGAGAGGGUGAUAGUUAUACGACAUGCGGUCUUGAGAGUAGGCACGAACAGGUGGCGAGGCGAGAUCACUCGCCGGAAGACAGCGGAAGCUGGCGAAAGAGAGGGUGGAUGAGAAGGUGAGAGGAGGCAAAUGACGCGUGCGACGAAAUACGCACGCAGGAGUAACAGGUAUUGUGAAAAAGAUAUGAGAUGUUUUGAACUUUCUUCCAUCUUCUUCUUCCUCUUCUUUUUCUCUCCUCGAUUCUUCUCUAUUGAAAUUUUGGAAGUUACUGACCAUUUUUAUAGAAGAAAACAAGAAUGAUGAUCUCCUCUCUUUUCCAUUUUUCUGGAAAAUUCGUGUCCUGAAAGAUUCUCUUGUGCUUAUCGUCACUUUCCUCCCCUGUUUCAUUUCUCUUGCUAAAUAAUUGUCUUGGAUCUUUGUCGAUAUUUUCGAAGAAUCGAUGAUUUUUUUUUUCUUUAGAUGUUGAUGUUGCAAUACCUUUUGCGAAUGCAAAUAGUAGGAGAGAGCGAAUUCAAAUUAUACAAAAGCAUGAGUUGCAUUUUUCUCCUCUUAUUCUCAUUUCGAGAUUAAAUGAUUGACAAUUUUUUCCAAUAAUUUCGCAGCGAAUAUAAAAGCAUAAUAAUUACAAUUUUAACAACAAAUAUCAUGAAACAAUAAAUGGAGUAAUUAAAUACAAAAUUGGAAAAUGCGAAUAUUUUUAAAACGAUGCAUCUGUGUAGCGAGCGUUUAAAAAAUGGAUCGUAUCACUAGGCGUAUCGGAAAACUCCCAGACCUAUGCGUAGCUCACAAGCUUUAAAUAAAAAAUCAUAUAACGCAGCAUACAAAUAUUUCUUGGAAAUAGAUUGCAAAUCUUUUUCUAUUUCAAUUAUUUUAACGAUACGAAUGUACUUAUAAACUGUAAAACAUUGACUAUUUUUAAUUAAUUGUCGAGCUAUAUAUUAAUAUUUUUGAUUAUCGGGGAUAUUUUAUUCAUAUUACAAAUUGUACAACGCAUAAAAAACGAUAAUACAAUAUAAUAUUUUUUAUUAAUGUGUUUCGAGACGUUUCACACACAGAGACAAUCUUUUUUGUCAAAAACCACGAAUUAAUUUUACUUUAUUUUAAUAUAAUAUAAUUGAUGAAUUAAUGCGAGAAUAAAGAUUAAUAUGUGAUAUUUAGAUACGUAUAGAAAGCGUCAAAGUUGCAUUCGCAAUCAAUUUGAUUGAGAGCAAUCGAAACGGAAGAUGGCUAUUAGAUUCGCGCUUUCAUGAAAGUUAAAACUCGAGAAUAUCGAUUUUAAUCGUAAAUAGAUUAACAUCUUAUUUCCGCGAGAUUAGCGUGUACCAUCGCUUCAAUUUUCUACUUUUAGCAGAGUUAGCGUUCGUUUUUAUGAACUGGAAACGACUUACAAAACAAAUAAUUCCAAAUAAUAAUAUGAACAAAAGGAUAAAGUAAAAAUUAAUCAAUAGAUAUCGAAAGUUAGCGACGUCGAGAUUUCGAAUUAAUGCGAGUUAGAAAAUCAGCUCUGAUUUCAUAUCGUUUUGAUUCAAUUACCGUGAUACGAAAUUAUUGCACCGAUGCGUGCUAGCAUAUUUAUGUAAAUAUAUCGCGGAAUACCGUAUGGCAAAUUUUCGUUGUGUAUUCGGGGAUGUGAAUGAUUCCGGUUAUGUUGAAUCGGCUCGAUAAUAAUAUUUACUCAAUUAAUGAUUCAUCUGAUUUAUAGGAGUUAACGUUAUCGGAGCGUUUCCUCGUUGAAGCUCAAUAACAUGUCAUUGCGAAAAUAAACAUCUGGAUCGGACAUCAAUAUAUUUUUAGAACGAUAUAUAUAUGUACAUAUUAUCAAAUAUCAAUAUCUGUCAAAAAGAUUUAUCUCUGUCAAUCGCGAAUCGGUGGCUACUGAAGGAGAUUGAAGCUAUAACAAUUUUAUUAAUAUAUAUCCCCUCGACAGCUGUGUUACUUAUCAAAGAAAUCUUCUUUCACGUUGGCAGAUGCUACGGCUUUCGAUAAAUCCACGGAAAAGCUGGCGUCUUCAAAACCGAUCGAUAUACAUCCUUGACACUUAACUUUAGCACACAAGGUGUUAUUUUCUACACUAUUGGAACCUAAACAAGGUAAUCUGGACAAUCAAUCACCGCUGUGAAGAUCAACGUGAGAGAGAGAGAAGCAUCCUUCUGUUAACGACCUGUGAUCAUGCUCAGUCCCAAGAUGCAAAAAACUGUGAGGGUAAAUGACGCUCAACUAGUCAUGCUUUCGGAGAAAGCCCAUUACGAUCAUUCGCUAUCGGGAUAUUUGCACAAGCGGACAGCUGACUCUACUAAAUGGCAACAACGAUGGUUCGUUCUCUACCAGAAUUUACUAUUCUAUUACGAGAGCGAAAACUGUUCACGACCCAGUGGCGUCGUUAUGCUGGAGGGCUGCUAUUGCGAUCGACUCAUCACCGCCAAAGGCAAAGAGCCGGAUAAACAGCACUGUUUCGCGAUAUCGUACAGGAGAGAGAACCAACGGCAAUACGAGCUAAAAGCGGCCACAGAGACGGACUGCAAAACAUGGAUCGAUGCAAUACGAGAAGCUAGCUUCAACAAAUUGUUGCUGCAAAAAGAGGAGCUCGAACAGAAGCACCUGCACCUGUUGCAAAUCGUCGAGAGCGAGAAAACGGCUAAGUGGCAGUACACUCAGCAAUGUGAAGAAUUGGCGUCGGAAAUAAAAAAGCUCCGAGCGGAGUUGUGCGCCCUGAAAAAGGAGCUAAGGCCCUCCAUAGCGCCGGUAUUUCAUACUCGACCGGGGGUUCAAAGAACUAUGUCCCAAGGUACUGGAAGUUUAUACAGCGGAACCCAAUAUUUCGGCGGUGUUCACGACGGAUUCAUGUACGCAGAAGUGCCCGGAUUACAAGGUAUCACGGAGGGCUCUAUUGAAAUGCAGAAAAUCAAGAAAGUCCAAAGCUUUUUCAGGGGCUGGCUGUGCCGUCGACGUUGGAAACAGAUCGUUGAACAAUAUAUCAAGAGUCCACAUGCCGAAAGCAUGCGCAAGCGAAACAGUCUGGUAUUUCAAAUGGUGGAGGCCGAGGAGGAGUACACGGAGCAGAUGGAGGUUUUAGUAAGCUGUUUUCUGAGGCCUUUCAAGAUGGCUGCCAGUUCAAAGAAACCCCCAUGUAGUCACGAGGACGUGAAUAGCAUAUUUUUGAAUAGCGAGACCGUGCUGUUUCUUCACCAGAUCUUCCUGAAGGGUCUUACUUCUCGUAUGGAGAGCUGGCCCACUUUAGUUUUAGGUGACUUGUUCGACAUGCUGCUACCGAUGUUAUCGAUAUAUCAAGAGUACGUGCGUAAUCACCACUAUAGCCUUCAAGUGUUGACUGAGUGCAAGCAAUCGUCACCCCCGUUCGUAGCAUUGCUCAAUAGGUUGGAGAACAAGACUGCCUGCCACGGACGAUCCCUGGAGAUCUUUCUAACGUAUCCCAUGCAUCAGAUUCCAAGGUACAUUAUUACUUUGCACGAGUUAUUGGCGCACACGCCAUACGAUCACGUGGAACGUAAGAGCCUUCAGAAUGCCAGGCAACAGCUGGAGGAUCUCUCAAGACAAAUGCAUGACGAGGUCAGCGAAACUGAGAAUCUAAGGAAGAAUCUAGCUGUUGAGCGGAUGAUCGUCGAAGGAUGCGAUAUUUUGCUGGAUGUCAAUCAAGUGUUCGUACGACAGGGUACGCUCGUACAACUCGUAGACAAACCGCGCGGUGCGCGAAGCAGAUUAAGCGCUACUUUUGGCAGCAAAUCCUCUAGCGACAAGGAAAUUUCCAGACUGUGCUUUCUCUUCUCAAAUCAUCUGUUGCUUACGACGCGUCAGUCCGAUGACGACGGCCGCUUAAAUCUGGUCCCGCAAAUCGGCAAGGUACCUCUUUCCGACGCGGUGCUGAUUGAAGAUCCGAGCGACCAGGGUGCCGUGGAUGACGAUGGAUUGUCAGUAUGUUCGAUGUCAAGCGGCAUUAGCGAGAGUAGCGGAAGCGGCAGCGGUGGCGCGACUUCGCAAUUGCAGAAUCGCGACUUCAAGAUCUUACUCGAUGUAAAAUCCGGUGGAUCGCAGGUGACCGUUCAUCUCGUGGCGCCUACUAUACAGGAAAAAGCAGCGUGGGUCAGCGAUAUUAGCCAGUGCAUGGACAACGUUCGCUUUAACGAUCUGCUCCACGGAUCGUUGUCGGACACCAGUUCCGUCACGAUGCCGCAGUCCAUCCGGAACGAUCCGAAGCUGUUCAAGGACGACGUGGACAUCAGGUUCAGUCGUACUUUGAACUCUUGCAAGAUACCGCAGAUCCGUUCCGCGACGCCGGAACGUCUAUUGCAACGAUUGACCGACCUCAGGUUUCUCAGUAUCGAUUUUCUCAAUACAUUUCUGCUGACGUACCGGGUGUUCACCGAUGGUGUCACAGUAUUGGAGGCCCUCAAGAAAGUUUUUUACGAAGCUGAGCCGCCUGACGCGCAAAUGCCGACUGGAUCCCUCAUGUCCUUAGAUGUGUUAGGAGCAAAUUCGAGCGAAAUACAAUUGCAUUCAGAAGAACGAAGAAGAAGUAGCUUUUCACCGAGACGAACUAGUGGCGCAAGUUCUGUAUCAGGAUACGGAUCGGAAGUGAGCGAUAGCCGUGAUGCGAAGUCGCAUAGCUCCUUUGAUGCUAAUACAGGUGGACAUAAUUCAAAAAGUUACUGGCGAUCUGGUUAUAAGAAGUUGGAAGAAGAACAACCGCUCGGACUGAUUUCCGAGAUGCCGAUUAUAAAACGUAGUCCAACGUCGCAAGCAUCCAGUCCGUCUAGCGCGCAAUCUCCGGUCACGCCGCGAAAAGUCAGCAUUCGCGUAGAUAACAAGGAUGCUGAGAACAACGGAUGUCACCUGACGAUACCGAAAGUAAUAGCAGUGUCGUCUAGCUCCGAGACACUCACAGAUGUUACAGUGAUUAGUGCACCGUCCUCACCUAGUAACUUGAGCUCUGUAACGCUGGUUGGUUCGAUAGAAUCCGGAUCUGGAUCCGGAUCGGAUCCAAGUCCCCAAGAGGGAGGGGGUACUUACUCACGUCGUGUCUCAGAAAUUGAUACACCUGUCGCAAUGGAAGAGGAUACAAGAGAAGUACAAUUUACUUAUGACGACAUACCACAAACAUCACACUCAGCCGAAUCUGCCAAACCGGAUACGCCAAGGAAAACGCCUACUUCUCCGCCGAGCAAGGAAACGAAAACGAGUAAAGAGGAGCAAUCUACGCCGAGCGACGACGAAAGUGUAUGCUCUUUUAAACAAUUGACGCAGCAGAAUCAGCAACAGCAAUAUCCGGAACAUAGGGCAUCGAUCGCUUCUGCUCCAUCGGGCACCACAAGGAGCGGCUCGAUCUCCACCAUAACUGGAAAUUAUUGGGCAAGUAGACGAUCGAUGCAUGAGGAGGUCUCUUCGCAGCAUAGCAAUUUUCAGCACGAUGUUCAGCAAGUGUCCAGCAAAGCCGGUGUGGUAAUAACUAGCUUCCGCCAGAGUCAUCGAAGCAUUGGACCUGAACCUAUCUGGAGUAGCACGUCUACCGCGGCGACCGCAUUUGCCAUCGCGACCUCUGCUUCGAGCAAUCCACCGGACAAAGGACCCAUGAGUGACGGGAAUAAUCGUAACCGGGACAAAAAUAGGAGGAAGGAAUCGGUGAUGUCGACCGCCGCGACGAUGAGAGUACUGAACGUUCUGAGACAUUGGGUAUCCAAGCAUGCCCAGGAUUUCGAGAUGGAUCAGAAAUUAAAAAAUCUGACCAUCGAGUUUUUGGAGGACAUCAAUUACAGCCCGAAUCUGUUGCCGGCUGAACACAAGGCGGCCAGUCAACUGCUGAGACUAAUCACCAAGGAAGAAUCCGACACCAAUAAAGUCGAUCUAAAGAAAUUAUUAACUCCGCCAUCAAUUCAGAGUAAGGAGAGCAUCGAGACGCUGUCUGCGCUCGAAAUCGCGGAACAGAUGACAUAUCUGGAUUAUCAGAUAUUCGUCUCUAUCACCAGCGAGGAGUUUCUUGGACAAGCGUGGAUGAAGACGGAUAAGGCAACUCGGGCGCCUCAUAUCCUUCUUAUGACGAAACGAUUCAACGAGGUGUCGCAAUUAGUCGUUUCCGAAAUUAUUCGUCGUUCCAACAUGUCAGCCAGAGUUGCAGCUAUCGAGAAAUGGACCGCGGUUGCUGAUAUCAACAGGGUUUUACAUAAUUACAAUGGCGUGCUGCAGAUUUGCGCAGCGUUCACGAACAGCAGCGUGUACAGGCUGAAGAAAACCUGGGAGAAAGUUCCCAAAACGACAAAGCAGACGAUAGACAGGCUACAACAUAUCGUCUCAUCCGAUGGUCGCUUCAGAAAUUUGCGAGACGCUUUACAUCGAUGUGAUCCACCUUGUAUCCCUUACUUAGGAAUUUACCUCACCGAUCUCUCAUUUAUCGAGGAAGGUACUCCAAACAUUACCGAUGACGGUCUUUUGAAUUUUUCGAAAAUGCGAAUGAUCUCUCAUGUAAUUCGCGAGAUACGGCAUUUCCAGCAAACCCCCUACAAAAUCGAAUUAAUUACUAAGGUAACCAACUAUCUGUUGGACACAUCGCUCCUACUGAACGAAAAAGACCUGUAUCGCAUGUCCUUGGAGAUCGAACCCAGAACGUCCAAGUUAAGUAAUUCUAGUUUAAUCGGUCUGCCUCCUUCGGUCAGUCAUACGUCUACGAAAUGAAUUUUGUCUCUCGUAAAGCAAUUCAAUUACAUCUUUAUUUUCUAAUGAACGAUAAAGAAAUUCUGAAAUUUCGAAAGGGUUAACUCUCUGUUGCAAGCGAUCGAUCCUUGAAGGACGAUCGCAAAUGCGACUCGUCGCGUUUUUCACAGCCCCGUCCAUUAUUUCUGUCCAUUUCCGCUUAUAACGUAACGUUCGACGUCCAUUUCUGUUGUCAUUUGUAUUUUACGUUUUACAAGAUAUAUGCGUAAGCAUUAGAUAAGUAAGCUUAACAAUGAUCUCAUCGUCGCACAGAAUCGGCCUCUUUAUUCGCGGAUGGAAUCUUAUCAGAAUUGUUAGUAGGCGUAACAAUUGCAACAUAACAAAACUGAUUAGGUUUCGACGAAAUAUUCUAUGUUACUAGAAUUGUUCCCUUUUCCAUCUUUUAAUUAUUCUAAUGCUGUUUUUAAGUUUUUAAGAGAGAAAGAGUCUCUCUGUCGUAAUCCAAAGUUGCAUGGGAGGAUACUGAACAAGAAAAUCGUAGAUUUUAGUAAGAACAUUUAGUAGUAAUAAAAUGUAAUAAUAGUACGAGUAUAGAAAUUCCAGAAGAUUGAAUACGGCGGUGUGGCUGUAAAAUCUACUGAUGAUAACAGUACAAGAAUAGUAACGAACGAUGAAAGAGACUUUCUUAUAAUAACAUGAUUAUAAUUAAUGUUCUCUCUUUCUCUCUCUCUUCUCUCUCUCUCUCUCUCCGUGUUGUUGAUCCACGAGUAAGUAAUUCAAAGCGCUCAGAAAUGUGAUCAAUCCGCUAUAUAACGCAUAUUUCGAAGAAUAUCCCCAUUUUUUACAAUAUAGAAGUUGUGUCGUUGACACCGAUAAAAUAAUCUCGGCAAAAGCAACAAAAAGCUAUCACUGAUUUUAGUUUAAUCCAGUUCAAUCGAGCCAGUAUUAUUACGCGAGGCGUACAUAAGCAGUUCAAAUGAGUACCUUUAAGAAAACAGACGAGAAGCGUGAGAAGCGAAUGGGAUUGUAUUUUGACAAUCAAUAGCAUAAAGAUAUCGCUGUGUUUUCCGUUUCUAAUUCUAAUUGUCGCUACGAGUAUCAAAACAAACAAAAAAAACUCACAAGUUAGUCAAGCAUCUUUGAAACCAUUUUUACGAUCAUCUCAAUUAUUAUUUUCGAAAAACAAUUCUAUAUUUUAUUAAUUAUUAUAUUAUAUAAUCUCAUUUUUAUUAAUCAAAAUUCGCAUUAUCAAUAUUUCAUAAUAUUCAUUUUUCGGUUAUAUAUUUCAACUUUGUAAGCAUUAUCGUUAAACUAAUAUUUAUAAAUGCAUCUUUAAAACUACAAGAAUUUCCUCUGUUUGCCAGACGAGGUUAAAGUCUUGUAUACACAGAGGGGGGGUACACACAUAUCAACUAUUUAAUAUAAUUCGAAAUCAAUGUCUCUCUCGCUCGCCUUUAUAUUUUUAUUCGAUAUAUAUAUAUAGCAAAGUACGACCAGGUAGUCUGGAAAGAAAACUGGCAUUCUCUCCGUGAAGGUGCAUUAAAAGAAGGAGGCGAGAAAUCUUAAGCGCAAAAAAAUUUAUAUACAUAUAUUAUAUUGUAUAUAUAUAUAUACACAUCUCUCUACAUUUUUAACUUUACGUUUAUUAAAAGACUUUGGAUGCGUUUCUGCAUCUCUCUCAGCAUAUUUGACAUUCCCGUAAUGCGAGAUGUAUACGAUCCGAUCUGAGCCCGAAUAUAGAAACCAUAUGUCGCGUGCGGACCACACACUUAUAAUUAAGUGCAUGAUGAAAGGUUUUCUUCGAAGUGCCGCUCUUUGAAAAAGCAAUGAGCAAAAUCCCAACCGCUCGCAUUUACAUCUCCAACGUGCAAGUAGUGCAAGUAGAUUUUGAGGCGACAUGCCAUGCGGAUUGAUGUUAGAACAUAUGUACGGCGCGUGUGUAAACAACCAGGGUUUAUUCUCAAAGCAUUCGGAAUAAAUCGUGCAGUAUGAUAUGGCGGUUGGGUGUCUUAUUCAUCGAAAUGAUAAAACUCGAUACUUAUGUCUUUUCGCGAUUCCUUAUAUCAUUGCCUUUACGCCUGCGCCGCUCGAGGACGACAUGCGACCAAUUAAUUGUAAAUAUAUCGAACUUCCCCUCUCGUUACUCUUAUCAAAUUAUCGUUAAAAGUCGAUGCGACUAUAAUCUCCGGGUGUGAUCCGCAGAUCAUGUGUGCAUCUUAUGUUUCCGGAAAAUAUCGCUUAUGGUUUGCACACUCAUUCUCAUUUUUCAGUGUAUGUGAUACUAUUAUCUAUUAUAGACGUAGAAUACCCGAAAACGAGAGUAAUUCUCAAUUUGCAUGAUUAAUCCAUCCCUUAAUAAUUUCGCGCUAAAUUAGAUUGACUAAUAUAAAUUUAAAUAAAAUAAUAUUUUUCUUUUAUCGCAAUAUUCUUAGAUUGUUAAAUAGUCUAAGAACGGGUUAAUCGUGCGAAUUGCGACUUACUUACAGAAUCCAUCAAUGUUUUAACUGACGUAAUUAAACGCAUGUUGCGCAAGCAACGUUAAACGUUCGUUGUAACAGCGAAAAUUAUUCCAGAAUCUUGUGUUCAUGUGUAGAUUCUUUUGAUAACUACAAAGCGUCCAAUGAGGAGACAUGUAUUCCCUAUUGAAAGUUCAAAGGUACGGUAGGAAGAAGAGAAAGGUAGAGAAACAGAAUUCGCGAAUCCGAAUGUUUGCGGAUAAUUUUACAAUUAGACGGAGCAUAUCACUGUCACAAUCAAUAUCGUAAUAAUUAUUAAUGCCCUUUAGGAUCCAAGUAUUUCUGCGUGUAUUCGCUCAAGCGAUUAUAAAUUUCGAGAUGCAUGUGAUACUUUUCGAUACAGAUCGAUGGCUCUCUCUGAUCUCAUUCGAUCAUAAAAUCACAUUUAAAAUGCAUUAUGGAAAAAUUCGUGCAAUUUAAAUUAUUUCACGUAAUUAUAUGUUUCGGGACGAGUUUCUUCGAAUUUAUAUGCUUAUAACUAUAUAAAUUCGAAAAAUACCUGGCUCUUCAAAACUCAUCGUUCUUUCGACAUGACAUCGAUAUAACAUAAUUAUAUUUGAAAUAUUAAAAUUUGCAAUUCACAUUCUCGCGAUUUUAUCCCGACCGCGCAUUGUCGCUGUCCUCUCUGUGAUUUUAAUGCCAGUUCCUCUUACGACUGCUUUCUUGCAUCGUCGCGAACGAUCCAAGCCAAGAGUGAGGAACGCAAAGCCCCUUCUACUGAACAAAAUGGCCCGUAGAACGGAUAUAUCUACAGCAGUCAUAUUAUGGUUCAGUAAAAUAAAAAUAUUAGAGACGGAUGUUAGUGAUUUUUAAUAUAUGAAUUAUAAUAACUAAUUACAUUUUUUGUUUACGACAUAUGUUAUAUCUGAAAAAAUUUAAUAAAUUUUUAAAAAUUAUUUUGUUAAAUUAGAGAGAGUUAUUUUAUAUCAAGAGACAGUAAUUUUAAUGAAUUUUUAAAACAAUUUCAAAUUUUAAAUUAGAUUUGUAUUCUAAUUUUAUUGAAUGUUGAUGUAAUUUACAAGAUAGCUUCUAAAAUUAUUGGUCAUUUGAAGAGAUUGUCCAUCUCUUAUCAAAGUCUUGUGCCAAUGUGAGAGAAGAUUACGUGAUAAGUUAGAGUCGACUGGAUCGGCAAUUUUUAUUAGAGCAACUCUAAUUAACAAUUCCAUGUCCUUUUUCAAAUCAUAGUCCGAAUUAUGAUAGCGUUAAAGAACAAAUAUUAAGAUUAUGAAUAGCGUUAGCAGAUGCCAAUGCAACCAACUCUGAGAAGUCUUAUGUUUGAAAGAUCUGUUAAAUUCAGAAUACUUCAACGUGUAUUCGAUUGCCGUAAAUAAUAUCGUAUUGCAUAAUUAUCUAAGCGUUUGCGAGCUAGCAUUUCUCUUUUCUUCGUCUUCUACUUGCUUGCUCGCAAGACAUCACAAAGCUCUAUCGUAUAACAUGGAAGAAUAUUUUCUAAUUCUAGGGUGUGUACAAAGUUAUAAGAUUACGAUCGGCUAACAUUUUCUAUAAAUUGUUAUUAUGACAAUUCUUGGUCAUUCUUCAAAUAUAAUCCAAUUGGCCAUUAUAUACAUGCAACAAUUUAUUCUUUUUUUUCACGAAAUUAUUUCGCGACUUGUUUCGCGAAAUUCUCAUAUAUUAAUGUUAUUAAAAUAUAUAAUUAAAAAAUAUCCUUGUUAUUAUAAAGAAAUUUUUAUGUAACGAUUUAAAAAUAACUUGCUGAUUUAAUUAUCAGAUUACACAUGAUUAAUAUUAUUUAAUUGUAAUUACUAAUGUGUUAUCAUGCAAUUAAACAAACACUUCUUUCUCACACAUCGUUUUUUUUUUUUUUUUUUGUCAAAGUGCCAAGAAAGUUGCUAAUUCUUCUAUUUCGGCAAUCGUGCUCCAAGUACCUUCAAGCAUUCUGAAUGAUCCCUUUGAGAGAUAAAAGUUGCGGAUUUCAUUAGCGCGCUUUCGCACAUACAUAUAUACGUAUUUACGUGGCGUACUGUGACACUCACGUGAGCGCUAUAAUAGAUAUCGAUAUGUGUCACGCACACUUCCUUGUAUAUAAUUCUAGUUACAUAUUGAACAUGCGUUGCACUAGGCAGCCAUUAUUGUUGUUGAUAGAUCUCGCUAUACGGAGGAUGAUGAUUAUCGAUCGACUUGAUUACUAUUAAUGUAAUAAAACACGCAGAUGUAACAUUGCAUUAUCGCAUACAUACAACUAAGAUAUGUCAUUUUAUUGUAUCCAGCUAACGAUGAGAGUGAGAUAUUAAGAUCUCCGUUCUCGGAAUCACAGUGUAAAGACGCGGUACUCACCAGUACCUAUUUAUGAUAAUUUUGUGCCAUUUCAUCGCGUUAAUGAAGCACGCAGCACGAUAUUCUCUUAUCUACCACUGUACUUUUAAGCUAUCGAGAAAUAAGUUAUAAUCAUAAGACAACAGCUUAUCGAAUAGCGUCUUCAUCGAGACUUUCGUUUUAACCAUAAAAAGAUACAGCAGAAUUGACACUCAUAAUUGCCGACAAUUCUCUAGAGUCUGCUUACUUUUCAUGCAGAUGAAAAUUCUCGAAUAAUGAAAUUUCGUUAACCAGUGGCUGAUCCAAACAAAACUCUUGAAUUUUUGUUUCACCGCAAUCUAGUUUUGCGUCGCGAUUUAUAAUGCAAAAAACAACGGUUGAUUCACAUUUGAUGAAAGCUGCUUUACAUAGGAACGGCUAAACGCGUUUAUCUUAUUUGCAUAUAAUUGCAAAAACUACAUUAAUAAUUGAAGGCAUGAUUUGGCGUUGAAAAUAGAAAUUUUGGCUCUUACAAUUCUGCACAAAUAUUCUAAAGAAGACACGCGAGAAAUAUCCGGAUAAAGAAUUGCUUCAAAAUUAUCAAUUUAGAAAACAAAUCGCAGUCUUUGUAAAAUACAAACAUUAAUCUGAACAUAGAAUUAGUCGAGCUAACAAUAAGCAUUAAAGUAAUACGCAAAAAGCAUUUAUUGUACUUUAGUCACACGAUUUAUGAUCUUUCAACUUCCGUAAAUGUAAUUGUCGUUAUAAACACUAGGAUAUAAUCAUUACGACUAAUUGUGGGUACUGUAAGGUACCGUCUUAACCAAAGUUACCUCAUUCCUUAAUAUCGAUGCGGCACUAUAUAUAUAAUUGUUGUUCUUGUGUUGUUAGCUUCUUCUCGAUUAAAAUUAUCUCGCGAUGAGAACUAACCAAUUCGAAUCGCCAAUUGCGAUAGCACACAGUUAAAAUGUUUUACAAAUAUAUUAUUCAUAUCUUUUAAUACGCGAUAAGAUCUAUAUUUUCUUUCGCAAGACUCUAAAAAGGUAAAAGAAUUUACUCAUCGAUAAACGUAAGCGUAAUACAGAAGAGAAUAAGACUUAUGACAAUUUUCCACAAUGAUUUUUCUAUUAUGCACAAAUUGAUGAUGGAAAUGCAAACGCAAAGUCGAGUACAUUAAUCUUACAGAAAUCUCUUAAUUUUGCUAUUUCACCAAAAAUAUUUUAAUUAUUAAUAAUAAUAUUCAGCAAUUUGUUUAAAAUUCUUUGUAAUCAAUUAAAAAGUUAUUUUUUAGAGAUAUCUCUUAAAGAUAUUUUUUAGAAAACUUUGAGAAAUCACGCAUCCUCGCACACGCGAAUAAAACCGUGAGUCUUGAAACACUCUGUAUUAUGUGCACAUAUAUACCUUGUAGGAUUCUUUUUUUGUUUAUUUCCGAUUGUACGGGUUAAGUGCUUAGGAAAGCUUAGAGAGAUUCACGAUAGAAAGGAUUUUCGGUAGGGAAAUACCGCAAGAGUAAAAAGUUUUCUCCUUUUAUUUUUUGAGUAGCACUUAAAGUAGAUGCGCACGAGUAUUGUUAAAAGAGAAAACGUAGGACUUUAAAAUCCGUGAUUCCCCUUGUUUUCCCAUUUUAAAGCUUUCUAGUCAUAACUUCUUAAAAAAACAUCUUGAUAUCUGCGGUAUUUCACUUUGCAAACUUUCUUACUUUUCUUGAUAUUCCAACGAUAUAAUUAAACAAUAGAUACAAAUUAUUUUAAAAAAUAUAUUUAAUAAGAUAAAAAGUUUUUCCUGGAAAUUUAUAUUUACUUUUUUUAAAGAGAAAAUAGUAAUUACUUGAGAUCUUCUGAUUUCCCUCCGCAAAGUUUCAAAUUCUUGGACAUUCAAAAGCAAAAGAUUAAAAAUACAAUUUAAAUUUUUACACUUUUAAUAGCUCGAAUUUUUCUUUUCUGUUUUUCUUGCGCGCGACUGUGCGAAUUUAUUUCCGAUUCUCCUAAUUGAAAUCUUUAUAUAGAAGAAUGCUUGGUUUCUCUUUUCUGAUUAACAAUUAUCGCUAAUCUGUUGAAGAAAAUAUCGUCAUUAUCGUGUAAGUGGCUAUGUAAAGUGAGCGUGUAUGGAUAAAAUUGCGUGUUGACGUGUAUUUGUAAGUGUGCAAUGUGAUGUUCCUUUGACUAAAGUAAGCCGAAUACUAAUCGAUCACAAAUCAUCAGCUGGUUGUGAGUAAAUGUUAACUAAGUAUCAGUCAUACUAAUGUAGAGAUUCAAGUGCGCGGCGAUGACUGUUGAAUAAGCUUGAUUUUUGCAAAUGUAGAUUAUGCUAAUUAUUAUAACUCUUCAAGAUGAUCUGUCGAUGAGUGUUUGCUCUUAAAUAUUGUACAUAAGUCUCUCGACAUUUUAUGUAGUUAAAGCCAGAUUAUGUAUUGAACUUUACACGAAAUAUCGUAUGAAACAAAAUUGUAAAAAAAAAAAAAUCAAUUUUGCGCAACAGCAACGUUCGCCACUUCCUCAAUACCUUUUUGACAUAUAGUGUAAGUAAUUAUUAUAAUGACUAUAUUAUUGCUAAUCUUGUUCGGACAGAAUCAAAAAGUCAUUAUUAAAUCAAAGAAGAAAAUAACAAUAUCAUAAAUAGCACGAAAGUUGAAACCUUAGCUGUUAUAAAUAUAAUAUAAUAAAUAAAAACUAAAAUAUAUAAAAAUAUAUGUAAUAUAUAUACAUAUUAUAUAUUAUAUAUAUGUAUAUAUAUAAAAUUUCGCUGUUGUCUUUAAUUCUCAAUCAGGAUUUUAAUGUUGUACAUGUUUAUAAGCCAUUGAUAAGCUAAAUAGUUGAUAAUUUCGUUGUUCACAAGAAAGAGAGAGAGUAAAAAGGAAGGCUAAUCUCUAUUCUUGAAUAUUAUACAGUAAUCGUUAAAGCUGUCCAUUGUCUAUCAAAUAUUUUAUAUCUUCGAUCUGUAUACAUUAAAUAGAAAAUAUUCUUCUGU